GUACGUCAUUAACGCGGAAGCGGAUGUGCUUCGGUCCUGCACGCCAACGAGCCGACAGCGUGCGGCAUCGCGUCUAUCGGUAUUUGCAGCAAACGCCGUGAAAGCGGUAGUGAUCUUGCGUGUGUGGGGCUAGUUUGCCGGUGUUAGGAUGGAGCCGCUGGCCGAUGCGCUGUACUGGAUCGGUGCUGUCACUCUGGCCUGGGUCUCGGUGAGCGCCGUGCGCGGGCUGCUCGGCGGCGUUCGCGUGUGGAUCGUGGGCAAUGGGAAUCUGAUGCGGGCCGCCAAACUCGGGAAAUGGGCAGUUGUGACUGGGGCCACCGAUGGAAUCGGAAAAGCCUAUGCGGAGGAGCUUGCUCGACGAGGUUUUGCUAUCGUUCUCAUCAGCCGUACUCAAGAGAAGCUGGAUGAAGUGUCCAAAGCUAUCGAGAGCAAGUAUAACGUAGAGACCAAAACCAUUUCUGCUGACUUUGGAUCUGUGGACAUCUACCCUAAGAUCGAGUCUGGACUGGCCGGAUUGGAAAUAGGAGUUUUAGUAAACAAUGUUGGAGUGUCUUAUUCCUACCCAGAGUUCUUCCUCAACAUUCCUGAUGUUGACAGUUUCAUCAGCACUAUGAUCAACAUCAACAUUACAUCAGUUUGUCAGAUGACACGGCUGGUACUGCCCAGGAUGGUGGAGAGGUCUAAAGGAGUGAUCUUGAAUGUUGCUUCAGCGAGUGGCAUGUACCCAGUUCCUCUUCUCACCCUCUAUUCGUCUUCAAAGGCCUUUGUGGACUUCUUCUCCCGUGGGCUUGACGCUGAAUACAAAAGCAAAGGGAUUGUUAUACAGAGUGUGCUGCCGUUUUAUGUGACGACAAAACUGAGCAAGAUCAGGAGGCCCACUCUUGACAUUCCCUCUCCCGAGCGCUACGUCAAAGCCCAGCUGAGCACUGUAGGCCUGCAGACUCGGUCGAAUGGUUACUUCCCUCAUGCCGUGUUGGGCUGGGUGACUACUGCUCUGCUUCCUGCGAAACUGCUCAACAAAUAUGUUAUGAGCAUGGGGUUGUCUCAGCGUGCACGCUAUCUGAAGAAACAGAAGCAAGGUUAGAAACAGAAAAAGGACAGACAGAGGGAUGAAGGGAUGGUGUGAUUAAACAAAGAGGGACCAACAACAACAACAACAAAAAAAAAUAUCUCUGUGCCCUUUUGCUGUCAGGGACCAAGAGCAAUCACGUCCAACUGCUCCUGAGAUGGUACGAAACAAGCAAUGUAUUUUCCAGUCAUUAGAGUGGUUUAUUGAGUUGUAGCUAACCAGAACAUGAUUUGCUUGAACAGCCUUUGCUGACCUACACAGUUCUUAUUAGUUUGGUUAGAGAACCGCAGAAUAGCUGAAGUUCUUUGUAUCCUAACAGUCACUAACAGCAUUGAUCAGUACUGUUUGUCUGGUUUUCUUUAAUGUUUAAGGUGAGUAAAUUAGUAGUUGUAUGGUAAUAGUGAUCUGAACAUCAAUAAUGAAAAAAAAAAAUUCUUAACUUAAAUGCAGUGUCUAUCCAUUAACAUAAUCAAAAUAUAUGAGCGAUAUGACUGAAAUUAGGCAGAAUGAUGUACGAUAAUUGAACAAUUGCAUCUGCAGCAUCUACAAAAUUGGUGCACUUAUAAUUCUUGGUAUCAUAAUUAGCUUUUUUCAUCAGACUCAGCAGUUGUUUUCAAAUUAAAUGCACUACAUGAACUAUUUGUGCCCAUUGCUGAUGGCACUAUGCAUUCUAUUUCUAGAGCAUCUUUUUGAAAGGAGAUGUGAUUUAUAUUGCACUUACAUUGUGGAGAGCUUGUGUGCAUUCUGUGUGCUUAACUUUGUGAUGCUGGUGCUGCUGGUGACAGGAAGCAAAUUUCAAUUCUGACAACAGCUAAGGCCGUUGUUCCGUUAUUGUCUGGUCUAUAACAAUGCAGUAUUUGCUCCAAAACAGUUCUUAGAAUUCCUGAAUUCAUUAUGAAUGAAACCGUCUUGAACUUUUGAGACAAAUGUCUGAAGAGUCGAUGCAUUCUGUAUGCCUGCUUGUGAAUUGAUCCUCCAAAUAAAAACCUGUUUCUAAUAAUGCUUCUAACUCUUAUUGAUUCAUUUUUAGUGCACAAAAAGGAACCUAUUUGUUGAGCAUACUGUACAUUUUAUAUUAAUAUACAUUUUUUUUAUUGCACGUGUUUGUGGUUAAAUGCUAAAAAUGGAUGAUGAAGGGUGUAGACAUUAUUCUGUAAGACAAUGAUGUCAUGAUUAUUUUGUCAUGGCUAAAUUCCCUUAUAGAUGAAUGCCAUUAAAAGAAGAAUGUUCUGCGGUAGCACGAUUUAUGAAUAAAGAUAAUUGCGUGCUUCAAUGUAAGCAAGGAUAUCUUCGUUUAUGUACAAAGGGUUGCACUAUCAUUGUUGCAAUUCUGUUAUGCUCAUCUACGCUGCAUGUAUACAAAUUAAGUUAUUUAAAAUACAAAAUGUAAUUUAUGGCAAAGGUAAAUGUUCAGCAGCAAUCACGCCAGUCAUCGGUGUCACGUGAACCUUCAGUUGUAAUAUGCUGAUUUUGAUCAAGAAACAUUUCUUAUUAUCAAUACUGAAAACGAGCUGCUUAAUAUAUUUGUGAAAAAAUGUCUUGCAUCAUGGCUUUUCUUUCUUGAAUUUUUAAAAAUCGUUUAUUUUUAAAUUGGAUUUCAAAUCUAAUAUUUCCAAUCUCUUAAGCACUCUUGUCUAUUUGGACUGUUUUGGUUACUAUAACUGUUGUUUUGGCAACCGUUUCACAAGUUCUGCUGUUACCAAGUUCAGUGGAACCAUAGUUAGUUAGCAAUGCUUUUGGGAAACAGACCCCAGGACGGCACUUCUAAAUCCUAAGCUCACUAGACUCUCCGUGUCCAACCCAUGCACAUGCCCUUUGCAUUUAAAAGCUACCAAUAUUCUAUUCUUUGUGGCUUGAUACAAGUGAAUUUUAUAGCUUUGUAGCGGCAUUAAAAGGGCCAUCUGCCGACUGUCAAGUCCAUCUCCACUGAUAGAUGUGUGUGAUCUCUCUCAUGUUGUGUCUGAGUGCCAAAUCCUCGAGUGCCAUCGCUCAGCCCCCUUCCUGUUGCACGCCGCAUGCGUGUUUGUUCCAGGCGGGAGUGUGAGGGGCGGGGGGUGAUUCCGGAGGAUAGUAAUGGAAGUCGGAAGCGUGACAGUCCUGUGAUGAAGGAGGAGCCGUGAGGAGUGUGUGGGAAGAGAAGGCCUAUAAAAAGCCUCACAGCAGCUCUGGGUUACAAACACUCGAGACGGACACAGAACAGGAGCAGCAAACCGACUGAAGAGCUUCUAACCAGUUUCUUCGCCUACUUCUACCAGCGCUCUGACUUUCUGCUUUCAAAGAGCGGCAUUGGAAGAUUGACUCCGCUUGCGAGAACUACAUCUAGAAGAAUAAUUUGAAACAAACAUUCCUCGUUCGUCCAAACUUCCAGAAUGUCCGCGCAUGCAAUGGAGAUGAGCCACUUGAAUGCUUUGGCCGUCCACCGGAUGUCCUUGGCUGUGGAGGAAUUCCCACAGAUGGCGGGCUCAUCCAGGAUCCAAGACUGCGACAGGGCCCGCUCCGUCCUGCAAAGGAAGAGGCAGUUCAGCUGUGACAAGAUUGCAGAGGAGGUGGACGAGGAAGGACCGCUCACUGUGGAGGAAGACAAAGCCCGGCGCACCUUCUUGAGGUCGCUUGAGAGUCUGCGCAGAUGCACGCGAGGACGUCAGUAACUCGACGAGCCCGGGGAAGGUUUGGACGUCACCUUGAACCUGAAUGGACCGAGAGACUGAGAUUCAGUGUAGGAUGGAGACUCUUUUAAGGGAACAGUCGGGGUAGAUGCUUCACAAUGAAGCCAGACUGACUGACCCAAACUGUUUAUAUCUACCAAAGAUGGGUGAUUUGCUGGUUCAGCUGUAUUAUACAGUACAUUUCCGUUCUGAUUUUUCCCUGCACUAGUAAAUAGCUAAUGUGUAGCAUGUUGCAUUUAACGUUUAACUGGAAAUGUGUCGCAUGCAUGUCCACCUGGCUUAGAAAAGCUGACGAGCUACUGGGCCGCACGUUAGCACUGUUACGGUUUUGUCAAAGGCAAAAUCGCUUUUGAGACUGUUUUUCACAGAUGCAUAUGGAAAUAGUCGCUUUAUAUUUUGUCUUAAUAUGAUCUGUGCAAUAAAGUUUUAAACAUGUA